AUGGAGCUCACGGCCACCUUCCUGGUGCUGUGUGUGGCUCUGUUCAGUCAUCCUGCUGCCACUUUCUUCAUGGACACAAUGGUCAAGCCUGUGGCCUCAGCUCUGACCGACCUCAACCCUGCUGUGGAGGCUGGGGCAGAGGCCCUGGCUGGGGCAGAAGACAUAACUGAGACAGCAGCUCUGGCUGGGGCAGGGGCCAUGGCCAACCCCCUUCUCAAAGGCUUCAGCCCCCUGAAGUUCAUCCUGACCAUCCUGGGGAUCCCAGUGGAACAUCUCAUUGAGGGUUCCAGGAAGUGUGUGGCCGAGCUGGGCCCUGAGGCCGUGGGAGCUGUGAAGUCUCUGCUGGGGUCCCUGAUGUACCUUGGCUGA